AUGCCUGAUGUCUCGUUCAGCGCUUCCAUGUGGACCGACGAACAGGCCAAGGAAAUCCACGGUAUUGCCCGCUCGAUCAAGCCCGAUAUCAAAUUGCACGCCAUCAACCCCGGAUUGCAGGUGCAGCAGGGUCCAGAUGCGAUUGUUGAUUAUUCUGUGAGAAGGUGCCUCCGCUGCUGGACAGCGAAAAGCUUAGAAAAUGAGGUUGUACAUAUUUCAUACUGCGAUGUGGAAUGA